UUGUCUGGUGCUUCAUGGAAAAAAAUUUUGCUGUUUGGGACACCCGCUCUCAUUGCCGCGAUUGCCGGAAUCCAUUACCUCUAUUCUUCACGUAAAGGUAGGAAGCGCACUGAAACGUCGGACGAAAUUCUUCCUCGAAAGGACCGCCCUGUAGCAGAGGUUCCUUCGCAAACUCCUCUGGAUGCCGCGAUUGCCUUGAAGAAUCGUGGAAACAAAAACUUCAAGGCUGGACGAUACGCCAAAGCCAUCGAGUGCUACACGGAGGCCCUUGAGCAAUGUCCUCCCAGUGCGAUUAAUGAACGUGCAACCUUUUACCAAAACAGAGCAGCUGCCCAGGAAAAUCUUCAUCAGUACGAAAAAGCCAUCGAGGACUGCACAGCUGCUCUUGAGCUAUCACCAAAGUACUUGAAAGCCCUCAAUCGACGGGCACAUUUGUAUGAGAAGAUAGACGACCUCCAGAACUGUCUCUUUGAUGUCACCGCUUGUUGCAUGUUAGAACGCUUCCAGAAUGGUGACAAUGUGCUUUGCAUUGACCGUGUCUUGAAGAAAUUGGCGCAACAACUGGCGAAGGAGGAACAGCCGAAGCUGCCACGAAAUCUGCCCUCCUCAUCGUUCAUUAAGAACUACCUCGGGUCCUUCGUGUGGAAUCCCUUCACCGUGGCCGAGUCGAUGCUUCCACGGCCUGCCAAGAAGAAGCACGGCAAGAAGGCGCGCGCAGAAGAGGAUGCGUCGAACGGACCGGCGGCUGAAAACACCGAGGAGCCGUCGUCGCCGCCAGAAUUUGUGCUGCCGGAGAAGUUGGUGCAGGCGUACGAGGCGCUGGAGAAGGCACUGGAGGAGGUUGAAAAGGAGAAUUACGAGGCCUCAUUGAAGUGGGCUGCUGCAGCUGUGAAGAAUUUCAACUCUUCCCCCAGCGUCAACUUGACGGAUUUCGAGCAUUCGCGUUUCGGCGACCGCGAGAAGCCCGAGUCGGCGCGCGCACGCGCCCUUCUCCUGGACGCCACGUACAAGGCUCUGUCGGGUGCCGCGGAGGAGGCCAAGGCACAGCUGCUGGCCGUCGGCGAGACCAUGUUCGCCGCGCCCUCGGUCCGCGUCAACGCCCUCAUCAAGGCCGCCUGUCUCUUCAUGACUCUCGAGCAGGACCUCUCGGGCUGCCUCUACACCUUCCAGCAGGCCCUAACACUCUGCCCAGAUUGCCCCGAUGUCUACUUACACCGCGGGCAAAUCAACCUCCUCGCUGAUCACAUCGAAGACGCACAAAACGACCUCAACGAGGCCGUCAAGUUGAAGCCGGAUUUCUCCGUUGCGCAGGCCCAACGCCUCUACACUCUGUAUCGACGCGCUCUGAGUGAGAACAAGACCUCGUUGGCGGAGCAGCGUGUGGCGGAGUUUAAGGAACUCACGGAGAAGUAUCCCGAGUGCAUCGAGACGAAUUCGCUCUACGCGCAGGUUCUGACGGAGCGAGGCGAGUUUGAAGCCAGCGACGCUCUUUUCGCCAAGGCAAUCGAACUUUCUCCAACCUCGGGCAUGCCCUACGCUCAUCGGGGUCUUCUUCAACUUCGAUGGAAGCAAGACCAGGCAGCUGCCAUGAAGUGGUUCCAGAAAGGCAUUGAGGUCGAUCCCAUGUGUGAGUUGGCGCUGGAGUUGCUUGGCCAGCUGGCAAUGGAGCGCGGCGAAUUCGAGGAGGCGUUGACCUACUUCAAUCGCGGCAUCGAACAGGCCAAGACGUUUGCCGACUUGACCCACCUCAUCUCCCUGCGCGAAGGCGUGAAGGCGCAAAUCCACGCCUGCAAAGUCUACAACAUCCCGGUCGCGGAGAUGUUCGCGUCCUUGCAACAGGAGUUCCAGCAGAAGAUGGCCGCCGCGGCAGUCGCUGGAGGUUUUUAG